GGGGAAUGCACUGUUCACCUCCCCCUUCGUCCGGACACAGUAGCGGUGAACCAGCGCCGGGUCUAACCCGGAGCUAUUUAUCUCCCCUUCUCUCUCUCUCUCUUCUUCUUCUCCUUCGUCUUCCUCCUCCUUUUCUCCUUCCUCUUCCUUUUUUUAUCCAAUUGAGAGAAAAACACCGUUCAUCUUCCCCGACCUCACGACACCCGAACGGCGGCACCGAGACGAUCCUUCCACUUCCGACUCCCUCAUCUCUCACUGUUUUCUUCCAUCACUCUAUCUCUAUCUCUUCUCAAUCCCAUUCCUCUCUCCCCUUCGUUCUCUCUCUCUUUUCCACUUAAUCACCGCCGCUGCAACUUGCAGCGGUGAAUCUGAACCCGGUGGCAACUUCCCUUCCACCUCUCUCUUUCGUUGGCGAUUUCUUAUCGUUUCAUGGAAUUACUCAAGCUACAGUCAUCCAAAAUCCGAACAGACUGCAACUUCCUCUGCAGCGUUGAUCGACGUCAGGCCAAAAUCCCGAAUCAGGCGAUAACUCAAAACAGACUGAGUCGACUGACCAACAAGGCAACGACCAAUCACAAUUCAGUGGAUUCAUGACCAAGAUUAUAUAGAUGGGUGACCAAUUUUAUUUAUGGAUGAAGGAUGUGGGGAAGGUACAUAAAGUGCAUGAGCAAGCCUUUACCAAGAUUCCUUUGCUUAUUUUCUCAACAUAAUAAAGGUCCAUGCAUCACAAUUUGUUAACUUUUAUCCACAAACACUUCUAAAAGUUUUGUCAAGUCCAGAGAUGAAUUCAUUGAGCUUACUUGUAAUGGAAUGUUGAAAGAGGUAUUUGAAAAAUUCAGAACGGAGAUCUGGUUAGAACCAUCCCUAUUUUCUCACCUUCUUCAAGGAUGUAUUCUUUCACAAUCACUUCCUCUAGGCAAGCAGCUCCAUUCUUUAAUUAUCACAUCUGGUUGUUCUUCAGACAAAUUUAUUUCCAACCAUCUCCUCAACAUGUAUUCCAAGUUUGGAGAAUUGCAUACUACGGUUGCACUGUUCAAUGUGAUGCCCAGGAAGAACAUCAUGACAUCAAACAUCUUGAUUGGUGGGUUUAUACAAAAUGGUGAUUUGGAGACUGCUUGGAAGUUGUUUGAAGAAAUGCCUGAGAGAAACCUUGCGACAUGGAAUGCAAUGGUUACUGGACUUGCACAGUUUGAAUUCAGCAAAGAGGCAUUGGGUUUGUUAUCUCAAAUGCAUGAAAUUGGAUUUCGACUUGAUGAGUUUACUCUGGGUAGUAUUCUUAGAGGCUGUGCUGGUCUGAAAGCACUUAUUCCUGGAAAGCAGAUCCAUUGCUACAUAAUGAAGUCUGGCUUUGAUGGCAAUUUGGUUGUUGUGAGUUCUCUGGCUCAUAUGUACAUGAAAUGUGGGUUUAUAGAAGAAGGGGAAAGAGUAAUAAAGGGAAUGCCUGUUCAUAAUGUUGUUGCCUGCAAUACCCUCAUAGCUGGCAGGGCACAAAAUGGGUGCUCUGAAGAAGCUGUGGGUCAGUAUAAUCUUAUGAAGAUUGCAGGAUUCAGGCCAGACAAAAUUACCUUUGUCAGUGUUAUCAGUUCAUGUUCAGAAUUGGCAACCCUUGGACAAGGGCAGCAGAUUCAUGCUGAAGUUAUUAAGUCUGGAGCUGCUUCGGCAGUAUCCGUGGUCAGUUCAUUGAUUAGCAUGUACUCAAGGUGUGGGUGUUUAGAAGACUCUAUAAGGGCCUUCUUGGAAUGUGAAGAUGCAGAUGUUGUCUUGUGGAGCUCAAUGAUUGCUGCUUAUGGGCUUCAUGGCCAGGGCCAAGAAGCUAUCAAGUUGUUUGAGUGGAUGGAGAGUGAAGGUCUGGAGCCAAAUGAUGUUACCUUCUUGAGCUUGCUCUAUGCUUGUAGUCAUAGUGGAUUAAAGGAAAGGGGAACAAAAUUCUUUGAAUUGAUGGUUGAUAAAUACAAAGUAAACCCUAGAUUGGAGCACUAUACUUGUAUGGUUGAUCUCCUUGGGAGAUCUGGCUGUUUGGAAGAAGCAGAAGCUUUAAUCCAGUCAAUGCCCAUAAAGCCAGAUGCAAUUAUCUGGAAGACUUUGCUAUCUGCAUGUAAAAUCCAUAAGAAUGCAAAGAUGGCCAGAAAGGUUGCUGAAGAAGUUCUUAGACUUGAUCCUCAGGACUCUGCACCUUAUGUCUUGCUUUCAAAUAUCCAUGCUUCCGCUAAGAGAUGGGGUGAUGUUUCAGAUGUGAGGAAGGCCAUGAGAGAUAUGAAGGUGAAGAAGGAGCCUGGGAUAAGUUGGUUGGAGGUGAAGAACCAGGUUCAUCAGUUCUGUAUGGGUGAUCAAUCCCAUCCCAAAUGGAUGGAGAUUGAUGGGUACCUGAAAGAACUUACACUGGAGAUUAAGGAACGAGGUUAUGUACYGGAUACAAGCUCUGUUUUGCAUGACAUGGACACUGAGGAAAAAGAGUAUAGCUUGGCCCACCACAGUGAGAAAGUGGCUAUUGCUUUUGCACUCCUGAACACUCCUGUUGGUUCCCCAAUCAGGGUCAUGAAGAAUUUGCGUGUGUGUAAUGAUUGCCAUGUGGCAAUCAAAUUCAUAUCAGAGGUUACUUUAAGAGAAAUUAUUGUUCGUGAUGCUAGUCGGUUUCACCAUUUCAAGGCCGGGAAAUGUUCUUGUGGUGAUUACUGGUAGAUACAGGAUGCUUCUCUUACAAGUGCAGGGAAUUAAGUUUAUUUAUUUCUUUUUUUAUGGUAAGAUUAAUUUUACUUAAUACUUAAAGUUAGGGUUAUUGAAUUUAUUUAUUCUGAAGGAGAUUCUUGUUAGCAUUCCUUUAAAUUCAUGCAUAUGAUGGGAAUACCUCAACAUUUCAAAGAUGGAAAUUUGUUAGCUAUGAUCAGGAUCUUCAUCAUUGCCAUCUA